ACAGAAGGAGCAACUGCCAUAGGAACUCCUGAGCUCUCGACCCAGGGCCGUUCACCAGGAGCAUGAGGCUCCCUGAGGUCCCACUCCAGCUGGUGUUGCUGUGGGCACUGGUGUGGGCACAGGAGGCAGGGUCUGUAUGUCCCUCCUGUGGAAGCCCCACAUUGGCACCCCAAACAGAACGAGCUCUGGUCCUGGAGCUGGCCAAACAGCAAAUCUUGGAGGGGCUGCACCUGACCAGUCGUCCCGUAAUAACCCAUCCUCCACCCCAGGCAGCACUGACCAGAGCCCUUCGAAGACUGCAGCCAGGAAGUGUGAGUCCAGUAAAAGGGGAGGAAGUCAUCAGCUUUGCUACCAUCACAGACUCCUCUGCUUCAACCUGCAGCUCCAUGUUCACCUUCCACCUGUCCACUCCUCGGGCCCACCGCUUAUACCACGCCCGCCUCUGGCUUCACAUGCUCCCCACCCUUCCCGGCACCCUUUACUUGAGGAUCAGCCGGUGGAGCACAAGGAAGAGGCGCCGAGUGUCCCGCACCUUCCUGGCUGAGCACCAAAUGAAUACCCCAGGCUGGCACGCCCUGACUCUGCCCCCUAGUGGCUUGAAGGGUGAGGAGUCAGGUGUCCUGAAACUCCAGGUGGAUUGCAGACCCCUAGAGGGCAAUAGCACAGCUGUUCAACCACAGCAGCGGUUCCUGGAUACAGAGGGUGACCAGCGGCCCUUCUUGGAACUUAAGAUUCGGGCCAAUGAGCCUGGUGCAGGUCGGGCCAGGAGGAGGACCCCCACCUGUGAACCUGAGACCCCCUUAUGUUGUAGGCGAGAUCAUUAUGUAGACUUCCAAGAACUGGGAUGGCGGGAUUGGAUCCUGCAGCCUGAGGGGUAUCAGCUGAAUUACUGCAAUGGGCAGUGCCCCCCGCACCUGGCUGGCAGCCCAGGCAUUGCUGCCUCCUUCCAUUCUGCUGUCUUCAGCCUCCUCAAGGCCAAUAAUCCUUGGCCCUUGGGUAUAUCCUGUUGUGUCCCCACUGCAAAAAGGUCUCUGUCCCUCCUCCACCUUGACCGUAAUGGCAAUGUGGUCAAGACAGAUGUGCCAGAUAUGGUGGUGGAGGCCUGUGGCUGCAGCUAG